AGUGACGCCGGCGGUAAGAAAAUAGAGGGUGUGUGCGCGCAGGUGCUGUGCGAGGGAGGCGCAGUGAAGGUGAAGUACCUCGGCGCCGCCGAGUAUGUGGAGUGCCCCGAGGGGAAGGAAGUCACGGUGGUGGCAAAUGAUCAUCUGGAGGGCGGGAAGCUCAAGUGCCCGAAGUACGAGGAGGUGUGCACCAUCGCCGCCAACGGCAGCAGCCUCGUCACUCCGCGCGUUGAGGAGGAGGAGGGGAAGGGAGACGCCGAGGGGACUCAGGAGGAAGACGCAGCGGAGCAGGAGGAAGAGGAGGCGGAGGAGGUUCCGGCACUUGAGCCACAGCGUGCAGAGUUGUCUUCUGGAACUGCGGGGGGCGAUCUUUCCAAUCCGAAGGCAGCGGCGGAGGUUGGGCCCGGCACAUUGCCGGCUGCUGAGACGCAGAAGCGAGCAAAUGGGCCUGGCGGUCCCGCCCACUCCGCUGCUGCCUCGCCGCCCCCCGCUGCCGCUGCCCGCUCACCGGACGAAGCCGUUGCCGCGAAAGAAAGCGACGCGGCGGGAGCGGCGGGAGCAGCUGCUGCGGCCCCCGAUUUGCCUGCGCCGCCCACCCCGACACCGGCGGCAUCCGCCAACGGCAGCGACUUGCUGAAGAAACUUGACGGGGCGGCGCAGCAACUCGGAGGCGACGCCGGUGCGGCUGCUGCGGAUGUUGGCUGCAGUCACUUUGUGCUGCUCGCCGUGGCCGCCGCGGUGGCGAUGCUGCCGCCUUGA